AUGGUGCAGGAACAAAACCGGAUGAUGCUGCCCAUCAAUGUAGAGUACAGUGACGUCAGCCAUCUGUCCUGCGCCUCCCGAUGUACGACCUCCAACAAAAUGUGCUACUCCUACAUCUACGACGGACCUACACGACAUUGUAGUCUGGGUUCCUGGCUGGUCCUCAAAACACCAUCAGACGCGGACGUUCAAGGAAAGAUGUACACGCCUGUGCACGAGUCUUGUAAAGAUGUCUUGAGCCCCGAGUCUAGACCUGUCGCUAUGGUCACACCUGGAUGUCUGGUCAUGUGUGACACAGUGAUGGACGGUGGAGGAUGGACCAUUUUCCAAAGACGUGUUUCUGGAACUGUCGACUUUUACCGGAACUGGGCAGAGUACAAAAACGGCUUUGGGAAUUUUAUUUCGGGUAAUUUUUACCUGGGUAACGAAAACAUGUAUUUGAUUACGUCAAAGACACAACACGAGCUUCGAGUUGAUUUGACAUUAGAUGGCGUUAAUUAUUUCGCCAAGUACUCCAACUUCAGCAUCACUAGCGAGGCUGACGGCUACAGGCUACAGGUGUCCGGGUACUCCGGCACGGCGGGUGACGGUCUUGUCUACCACAACCUGAUGAAGUUCACCACGUACGACCAGGACAAUGACAUAGACACCCGCAACUGUGCCUAUGCUUUCCACGGCGCCUGGUGGUACAAGUAUUGCUACGAAUCCAACCUAAACGGAGACUGGAACUCUCCUACUACUACAGGUGUCGUCUGGAAUGGCAUUUUCCGUCCUGCACUCGUCGAAAUGAAAUUUAGAUCUUUUUAA